CACCAAGUGAGCUGGUCGGGUGUGCGGGCGCUCAAGGCCGACAUUUCGCGGCUUCGACACGUGCUCCAGGACAAGGAAGACCGCAUCGGAAAGCCGCAGGCCGCUUUGGACGCGGUGUUGGCGCAGAUUGCGUCGCUCCUUCAACCUCGCGCCCAGGACGACGAUGUCGCGGGGUCAAAUCCGGCUCGGGACCACGCUGUGCCGCAUGCGAUCGCGUGCUCUCUCGACGAUGUGAGUGCGCUCGAGCGCGUCUUUUGCACGUCGCGCGGCAGCAACGUUCCGCACCCCGCGAUCUGCUACUUCUUGCGGCACGUGCUUGCGGCGCCAGACGAGGCACCCGACAAGCCGUGA